GGUGCAUGAUUUUUGAGUCUCUAUUUAUAGAGAAGAUUGAAAACAAAAAGGAAAAUAUAAAACAAAUUACAAAAAAAAAGGAAACUCGAACUUUUGCAAGUACUUUCGAAGUAUUAUGUUUAAGAAAUUUAUAAAAUACUAUAAAAAUUAAAAAUAUUAUAUAGUCAAUAUAUUAUCAAAAGCAAAAAAAAAUCAGUACAAUAGGCAAUAUGGAUAGCUGUUCGACAUCUACUCGCUUAGGAAGUACUUCGCCAUCGUCUUCCGUUAUUUGCAAAGAGGUUUUCGAUGAAACAUGUCAACCAUCUGCUGAAGAAAUCAACGAAUAUGCUUCACUUAUUGGCAUUGAUGCAACAAAAGAGCAUUAUUUACUUUACUUGGCUAAGGAAGGGUUAAUGCAAGCACUGCCCUCGGAUUGGAAAAUUUGUUAUUCGGAAGAAAAAGGCGCACAUUAUUAUUAUAACACAAAAACGAAACAAUCACAAUGGGAUCAUCCACUUGAUGCUGUUUAUCGAGAACUUGUUGACCAGGCACGCCAGAAACAAUCUAUUUCCGCUACGCCUACAGUAGAUAAUUCCGAUGAUGCCUCACAGCUAGACUCGGGUAUACGCAGUUUACAGGGCAAUGAAUACGAAUGUGAUAAUACAAAUAAUACCAAUGAAAUGUCAUCACCAACUAGCAAUCCAAACGUAAGCAACACAAGUGCAGGACUAAAGCUACAUAUAAUAAAUGGUAUACAAAAUGGGGCCGCUAAUAAUUCCUCGAAUCCAAAUUCAACAAGUACAAGUACUAGUGGUUUUAGUGGUGGUGUUAGUAGAUUUUUGGAAUCAAGAGGUAAAAAUUUUGGACCAAUAUUUCAGCCAAUUAAAAAUACACGGUUUGAGGUAGCUAAAACGAAUCCGCAAAUUGGCUUAGCCAUGAAAUUUGGUAAUGAUGCUUUUAGUCCGAAAUUUAAUUUAAUACAUAAAAAUGAAACGGAUCAAAAUGUUGAGAAAAGAGGCUUUCCAUUAUCUGGCACUGGUGCGAUGUUUUUAAAAUCACGUAGACUUACUGAAAUGGGAUUCAAUCAAGCUACGGUGAAUAUGAUGACAACAAGUGGUAAUGCCAACAAUUCCAACUCUAAUUCGAAUAUUAUCAUAGAAGGUGUUGUUGGUACACCACCUGGUGUUAAAGGCAUUUUGCGUGAUUCCAGUCUCACAGAUAUACGUAGACGCUUUGAAAAAGAUGAGCAUGAUAAUGGCACAGGUGCAGAAGACAAAAAAAGCGUACGCUUUAAUUUAGAUGAUACGAAAAUGCGUAGUUCGCCAGAAGAAGAUCCAAGCAGUUCCAGAAGACUUACUUUCAGUCCCGAAGCUUCUGUCAAUUCAGAUGAUGAUGAUGAUGCUGAAGACAACAAUCCUUGGGAUGAUGACGAUGAUGAUUGUUGUGCAGCUAUUGGUCACUUAGUUUCAGAUGGCAGUUAUCAACGUAAUCUUAAUCCCUUUCUAGCUAAUGAUGAGAAACAAGUUAAGAUCAUACCAUUGCCUAAGGAACACACAAUACAAAUGCUUAAAGCGCAAAGUUUUUCGAUGGACUUACCCGAACGGGAACGCACUAAAUUAGCUGAACUUGCACGCUCACAGAGCGUUGAAGUUGGUGCGAAUGUCUCGGCUGUAAAUUAUUUAGAUAAACUAAAGGACAAUUCAAUUGUCAAACCGCUUUAUGAAGACACUGAUUCAGAAUCAAAAGGAAGUUCAAUCCGUAGUUUUAUUAUAAAUAAAUCAGAGCAAGACUCAUUACCGCUAACUGCAUCAUCGAAUAACCCAUUUGACUUAGAUGAGUUGGGACGAAAACACAGCCGUGAUGUUGAGCAAUUAGAAAAAAAAUUGCAGGGUACGGGUGGUGAAAAAACUGGUAUACGCACGCUUAAGGUAGCUUCGAAGCUCGUUGGAUUUUUGAAGAAGGACUCAGACCAAUCGGAGGCGAAAAACGAUGAAAACCUUCCCGAAUCGUUGAAUCAAGAAUUAGAAAAAGAGAAGCAAACAUUGAUUAAAGAAGAACGAGAACAUUUAGAGGAACAGUUACAAGAUGAAAUUGAUAUUAUUAAACGUGAACACGAACAAAAACUUAAGAAUAUAAGACAUGAGUAUGAUUUGCGCUUGACAUCACAUCAACAUCAAAUCGAUGAAGCCAUGGAGUUGCAAAUGGAAGAAUAUCGCACUCAACUGGAAGAAGAUUUAGAUGUUAAACGUAAAACGGUUGUAGAUGAACAUAAAAUACAAAUGACUACACUGCAAAAAAAUCAUAUGGAAAUCUUACAAGACUUGGAAAGAGAUUUAAAAAGUGAAGAGGAAUUAAUUAAGAAAGAACAUGUUACUAAGCUAAAUGAAAUGCGUGAUAAAAUGGCACACGAAUUAGAAAUGGAAAAACAACGGUUGCGGGAUACCGGAGAAGAUCGCCUUUACGAGAAAAUACGUUGCGAAAAACGUUUAUUGGAGGAUAAAUAUCGUUGUUUAAAGGAAAAAUAUGUACGUUUAAAAACAGAUGUUAAAUUAUCCUUGGAGCGGCGCACUCGACGACGUGAAGCACAGGCCUUACAACAACAAAGCCUGCAUACAACUACCACAGGCUCUGAAACUGAGCGAUCGAUAUCAAAUAAGCCAUCAAUUGGUAAUAGUGAAAAUCGCUCGAUUUCACUCUCUACCUCAUGUCAAAAUCAAAGCGGUCUAAGCGUUGGUGUAAGUUCUACACAAGCGGUAAAUGGCAAAAUGUCAGUUAAGCCGCCAGUGCCACCAAAAACACAUUUGACAGGGAAUACAAGAGAUAGUGCAAGAGAUAAAUCUGCCGAGAAAAUACAACAGAGCAUACGUAAACCUGGAAUAACCUCAAAAUAUAUUAAAAAUUUACAAGUACAGGACGACACUACUUCAAUUAGUCAAUCUGAUACUACUAUUUCUAAUAAUUAUGCUAAGGGGCGUUAUUUACCAGCGCCACUGGUCAGUGAUAAUGGAAAUUCUGACUCUGAGGCAUUUCAAUUUAAUCAGGAAAAUAAUAAUAAUUCUAGAGGUAACAUUCAGCGUAAAAAGUUGUUUUCGCGUAUGAAAUCCGCUUCUACGUCACGACUGAAUUCAGAUAAUUAUAAAAUUGAGCGUCCCUGUACACCAGUUGAAAAUCUAAGACAUCAAUUGCAAAAACUUGAAGAUUUAGAAGAUCAAUUUCCAGAAAAUACUCUUGAUGCUACUUAUCACUUAAGAUAUCCAUUUUCAGAUAUUUCAAAUGAGCAUGCGGGCAGUAGCUCUGAACUGGAGUUUUUUAAACAUCGCAUUCAUUUGGAGCGUGAUUCAGUUCGUCGGGCUAAAGAAUCUUUACGUACACAAAGAACUAAUUUUAGAGCACGGCAACGUGAAAUAAAACAACGUCAUAAGGUCACAAUAACUCGUCACACUUUAGAUCAACUUAUACAAGAAGAAAAAGAACUUACUGAAAUGGAAGUAAAUUUGCAUCGUACACGUGCUCUUUUGGGUGAAAAAGUUAUACGUUUACGUCAUUUGGAGCAGAGUUUGUUACGUAUUUAUGAAAAAGAAAAACCUUCAAUGGAUAUGUUAGGCGUUGAACAAAAAGAAGAUGCUACUUUGAGUGAUCUAUCGUCGCAUUCUAGUUCAGGUUUCAGUAGUACUGACUUUGCAAGUGGAGCGGAUACACAAAAUUUAAAUAAACGCAAGGAAGCCUAUCAUCAUGAGUCUAGUGAAUGUAUACAGAAUUUAGAAAUACUUAAUGCAGAAAUACGUGAAAUACUCGAUAUACUUGGCAAGAAUCAACAACAACAUGCUAGUGCUGGUAUGUCUGUACCUUUGAUUUCGCCUUCAGAACUUAAUUGGUCGCAUAUGCUGAACUCAUCCACAGUUGUUACUUCUAAUGUGGCACAUAAUUUACAUAAUCAACAAAUGACAGGUACAUCUGGCUUACAUAUGCAUGCACCUCAGUCCAUACCUACUUUAGCCGAUCGUUUAGAAACCUAUCGGCAAUUGGCUUCAGGACGUAUGCAAUCUUCCAUGGGUGGCGCAAUCUUAGCAGCAAACACAAUUGUUUCUCAGAGUCCGCGGGCUGUUAAUUACACCACAAGUCUAGUCGAACGAACACGUGAUUUACGAAAUUGGUUACGUCAAGCUAAGAAUGAAAACGAGUUACUUUCAGCAAUGCCUAUAUCCACUCAACAUACACUUAAUACACUGACCUCUGCUGGUCCAAAUAUUACUCCAACUGGUGGUAAUACGGGCACGCAGACAAAUCUAUAAUUAGAAUAUAAUGUAUUCUGUUGCUGGCGUAAACAUUAGCAGUACAGAAAGACGUCAACUAGUAGAAGGCAUGAUAUUUAUCAAUCCCUAAGCCUUGAGCUUAUAAUGUUUUGAUCUUAUGUAUGUGGUUAGUUAAUGUGAAAUUUUAUUAGACUUUUU